CGAAACCAUGGAAGAUCUACAUGAUAUACAAUUAAUUGCAUGUAUCAAGCGUUUAAUUUAGUAUUAAAUGGAUCCCAAAGCUCUUUCACGUAUGUUAUGUCUAUGUACACAUCACACAGACGAUCAGCAAGAAUGACACCUCCCAGGAAAUUGUAGGCUUCCUCAAACUUUUCCCAAUCUGCUUUAGACAUAGCCUCUUCAGGUUUUCCAUCAAUCACCCCGUGGAUUUUCAAACAAUAAAACAUACCAUGGCCUUUACUUGCUAUCUAUUGAAGUGCACAUCGGUAAACUUAUCCGGCUUCAGUGCAUCGGCUAACACAGUCAUUGAUAAUGCAGAAAAUUGCCUAAAGUUAGGUUUUUGAUUUUUGAAUAAUUAAGCAAUAUUUCCAUGAUUAAUUCCAUAAUAUUAAACAUGACAACAUAAAAUACUAACAUGUGAAAUUCGAACAUAUUAGAUAUAUCGAUCAACAUGAAAAGGGAACAACAACCAUAACUAAACAGAUCGGAUCACGACGCAUGUACUGAUCAUUUGUAGAUGAAUUAGUUGUUGAUGCAGCAGUGAAGGUGUUGACAACAAUGUUGGUGAAGACGGGUCAAGCAAACGGCGACAGAGACGAUGGUACACAGAACUGCCCAACUUGGAUGGAAGACGCCCGAAGACCGUGAGCAGUCGUGCUAAGCACUUCCGAAAAACCUAGUUCACCCUCUCCCGUACAGGAUCACAAAGUUGAUUGGUUCCGAAGAUCUUCUCUCCAGUUCACCGGUGCACGCUGCUGGGCGAGUACAGAGAUGUGGCAAAACUCUAACUCGUGGGUAAGCUGUUUUUGCAGCGGAAGCCAUGCAAGAAUAUAUAUAGAGAGGCUCAGGCAUUCAUGGCGCACGUUUGAGUCGGUUAUAGUAGCCCACGAUUCAGGAGCGAUCUGAACCGACUAACUGUGAUGCUUCUGGCAAAGACUCGGUUUUCUUGGAUGGCAAAAUAAAGUUCGGCUCGAGACUCAAUCCACUCAACACUAGCGCGGCAUACACGUCGUGAUGGGAUGAGCGAAUGGUGAAGGAGGGAGAGGAGAGCGCAUGUACUACUCCUAUUCUCACUAACUUACCAAAUGGUGAGAUAACGUCUCUUAUAAGUUUGUCUAAUUUCCUCCCAACUUUCUAUGUGUGACUGAACUUAGCACUCUCACCACUUGCCACUCACAUGUGAGAUUGCCACCAACUUGAGCUGCGUCUCACAUGAGCUACCACACAUGGGUUUUGAGAUUUAUAGGAAUUUCUAAAAUCUUAUAUGGCCCACUAGUAUUGAGCUCAGUAUUUCAACAUAUACUAGUGUAUGGAAAUUACUAUUAUUAAAAGAUCACAUGAGUUUCUUUAACGUGGGAAAGGCUCUCCGCCAAGAUAUUCGUACCAUUUAGAGCAACUACAUUAAGAUAAUAUAAGCACACCAUAUAAGAUUAAAUAAUCUCAUUUUGCUCAGUUGGAAGAGAAAAGAGUAGAGAAGCGGAUAGCAGAUUAAGAACCAGCUGCCAGAAGACCUUUAUGCGAGUGUAAUGUGUGCUAUAGUUAUUGAUUGAGUUGCUGAUCCUUAUAGCGUGCUACUCCUAUAGUAUAACUAUUGGAUUAAAAAAUCACGAAAACGUAAAAGUCUUGCGUUUCGAUGCAUUGAUAAAAAAGAAUGUUCAUAUGUACAAGUUCAAGAGAGCACCACGCCACGCCAUACAACUCAACCCAGACGACCUAAUCUAGGGGAGAAGUUGGCGAAGCCCCCGGGCACCCGCGUCCGCCCACUGUCGCGCUUCGGCCUUGAUGUCGCCUAGUAAGGAGGUCACUGAGGGACGCACAUUGUCGAAGACCGCAGCGUUCCUGUGCUUCCAGAUCCACCACGCCAUGAGCAUGAUGAGUGACGAUGUACUUUUACGCAACUGGCGAGGGGCGGUCGCACCACCAGCGACCACCACCCUGCGAAGUCACUCUCACCCGUGGGAAGCCUAACGGUGGACCGAAUCCACGAUAGGACCUCAAACCAAAUAGUCCUCAAGAAGGAGCAUUCGGUCAGAAUGUGCGCCAUAGUCUCCCAUCUUGUUGCGUGGGGCAAUCCCUGCCGCGCCAGACGCCCACUCGUCCAACAUCUAUCGAGGCAAGCAAGCCAGAUGAACAACUUCACCAUGGGUGGCACCCAAGAUUUUCAGUUGAGCCUCCAGAAACCUGAUAGUAUCGCAGAUAAAAACUGUUUUAGGGUUUCGUGGGGUCUAAGCCUCCACCUCUUCUCUUUAUAUAAACAUGGCAGGUACAAAUACAGUGUACAUACGUACAUAUACAAACCGAUUCUUAACACUCCCCCUCAAUCUAAACUAUUUACUACAUACAAGGUUUAGAUUGGACUUAAAUCGGUCUAACAUCUGCCGUGUGGCUGGUUUUGUGAAUACAUCAGCCAGCUGAUCUUGAGAAGAGAUAAACCUCACCUUCAAAGCGCCAUCAGCUACUUGCUCACGCACAAAAUGGAAAUCAAUCUCAAUGUGCUUAGUUCUAGCAUGAAAGACUGGAUUCGCUGUAAGGUAGGUAGCCCCUAGAUUAUCACACCACAAAACUGGAACUUGCUGCUGGGUUACUCCUAGUUCCUUAAGCAAAGAACUCACCCACAUAGCUUCAGCAGCUCCAUUAGCUAGUGCCUUAUACUCUGCUUCGGUACUUGAUCUCGAAACAGUAGGCUGCUUCUUUGCACUCCAGGAAACAAGGUUCGGUCCAACAAAGACAGCAAACCCUCCAGUGGAGCGUCGAUCAUCAACACAUCCUGCCCAAUCCGCAUCUGUAAAAAUACUGAUGUUCAGAAACGGUGACUUGCGUAUCCGCAGGCCGGUGUCCAAGGUUCCCUUCACAUAACGCAAAAUACGUUUGACAGCUUCCCAAUGUGCUUCAGUGGGCUGAGAAAGGAACUGGCAUACUUUAUUUACUGCAAAAGAUAUAUCCGGCCGUGUAAGCGUCAAAUACUGCAAACUGCCAACAACACUGCGAUACCUGAAAGAAUCAUCAGGACCCAAAAAUGCUCCAGUAUCACGGGCAAGACGCUCAGUCGGUACUAGAGGAGUAGGCACAGGAUUGCAAUUCUCCAUAUUGACACGAAGCAAGAGAUCCAAGACAUACUUGCGCUGAGUGAGUAUCAUCCCCCCUGAAUUGCAAGCAGCCUCUAAGCCAAGAAAGUAAGCCAAAGAGCCAAGAUCCUUGAUCGGAAAGGUGUCUGAAAGAGAACGCACAAGUCCUUCGACAGCAGCAGGAGUAGAGCCAGCAAUAACAAUGUCAUCAACAUACACCAGCAUGAAAACUUGAACACCAGACCGAUUAAAGAUGAACAGGGAGGUAUCAGCCUUGGAUGGAACAAAACCAAGCUGGAACAGGCGAGCACUGAGACGAGCAUACCAAGCUCGAGGAGAUUGCUUCAGCCCAUAAAUAGCACGCUGCAACUUGCAAACAUGAGAGGGAUAUCGAGAAUCUUCAAAACCAGGUGGCUGCUGCAUGUAGACAUCCUCAGCCAAGAAACCAUGGAGAAAAGCAUUACUGACAUCGAUCUGACGAAGGGUCCAGCCUCGAGAAACAGCAAGAGAGAGGACCACUCGAAUAGUAGCAGGCUUCACAACUGGGCUAAAAGUGUCACCAUAAUCAAGACCUCGUCUGUGUGAAACCCCGGGCAACUAGACGCGCUUUAUGCUUCUCAAUAGAACCGUCAGGACGAUGCUUGGUUUUGAAGACCCAUUUGCUGCCAACAAUAUUGGUGCCAGGAGGACGAGGAACCAAUGUCCAUGUUCUUGUGUGAGUAAGGGCAGAGAACUCCUCUGCCAUAGCAGCACGCCACUCCGGGGCACGGAGAGCAUCCCGAUGAGACACGGGGGCAGCGAACAGGGCGCGACGACUCGGAUUAUACCGCACAGUACCAUCCGUAUAUUGCUUCUCACGCCGCGUGUUGUCACGCAGUCGGGUGACCAUCUGAUGAGCGGGUGGAGCGGUCGAGGGAGCAGCCGAAGACGUCGCGGCUGAGGAGUCGGAGCCAUCAGCAGAAGGCGACGCGGGCUGCACUGGAGAGGACGACGCGCCGCGAUCGGCAGCCGGCAUCGACGGAGGCGAGAGAACCGGCGCAUCGGGUGGCGCGGCCGGUCCAUGCAGUGGAGCGCCAAGCCCGCUGCCGGACACAGGCGCGGGAUCGGGCGACGUGGUCGCGGGAGCGGGCACAUGGGGAGGCGUGCCGGGAGCAUGCACGCCAUGCACGUCGAUCGGACGGGCGGAGGCCGGCGCGGGAACAUCAAUCCAAGAGGAGACCUGCACACACGGAGCAUCGCCUGAUGGAGGCGGAUUAGAGCACAGGUAGGUUAGGUCAUAUUUACGCACAUGAUCAUUCGUAGCCGGUUCAGAUUCGGGAAAAGAGAUGGCAUGACGAAGUGUAGGAAUAUCAACCGUGACACCCGGUGUGGCAUAGGGAAAACACGACUCGUCAAACACAACAUCUCUAGAGAUAUAAAUGCGGCCAGUGGAGCGAUCUAGACACUUAUAACCUUUGUGCAUGGGACUAUAGCCGAGGAAGACACACAAUUUGGAACGAAACUCAAGUUUGUGUGUAUUAUAUUUGCGUAGACUAGGCCAGCAUGCGCACCCAAAUAUCCGAAGGAAAUCAUAGUUGGGCUGGACCUUAAAGAGGCGAUGAAGAGGAGUAUCCUUGCGAAGGACCGGAGUGGGCAUGCGGUUGAUGAGAUAGCAUGCGGUCGUGAAAGCCUCAUCCCAAAAACGUAAUGGGAGGGAAGAGUGCGCAAGCAGGGCAAGCCCUGUCUCGACGAGAUGGCGAUGCUUGCGCUCGGCAACACCGUUUUGUUGGGAGGUAUGGGGACAUGACACUUGGUGAGAGAUGCCAGUGCGCUGAAAAUAGCGGUGAAGCUUAUGAUAUUCCCCACCCCAAUCAGACCGAACAACCUUAAUUUUGGUGUUGAGAAGGCGUUCAACAUGAGCCUGAAAAGCAUAGAAAACUUGCUCGACAUCAGAUUUGUGCUUAAGAAGGUAAAUCCAACAAAAACGCGAAUAGUCAUCAAUAAAACUGACAUAGUAUUUGAAACCACCAGAGGAGGCCACAGCAGGACCCCAAACAUCGGAAUGAAUCAGUUCAAGAGGCAUAGUGGAAAUACUAUGAGACAAAUUAUAUGGUAAUUGAUGACUUUUGGCACGCUGACACGCAUCACAAACCGACAAAGUAUCACUAGGAGCACAGGAGAGCUCAUUAUUCUUAACAAUAGCUUGCACUACAUUACUUGUAGGAUGACCUAGACGCUGAUGCCACCGUGAGGAGGUGGCCUGGACGCUGGAACAGGUGUGGGUGGACGAUGAUGAAGACGCUCGACUAACUGGAAUCGGAUAGAGUCCAUCCCGGCUUCUACCGUGAAGAAGUGUUCUCCUCGUGGCCUUGUCCUUGACACAGAAAAAGUCACGAUGAAAUUCAACAAAGACAUAGUUAUCAUGAACAAGGCGAUAAACAGAAAGGAGGUCUUUGCUAAUGUGCGGGACAUGGAGAAUAUUUUUCAACUUGAGAGAUGAACCGGCUAAGGAGGAAUGACCAAUAUGCGAAAUAGACAAACCUUGCCCAUUGGCCACGUGAACCUGGUCCUUCCCGGCGUAGCGCUCGUGCAUGUUGAGACGCGAGAGAUCACUGGUUAAGUGAUCCGUCGCGCCGGAGUCCAUGAACCAAGGAGGGACGUCGGUGGAGCUCGUUGAAGCGGAGUUCCCGGAGCGCUGAGAGUUCCCGCGAGGCUGGAAGUCGGGGUUGUAGCGAUUGCGGCAGUCGGCCGCAGCAUGACCCCAGUAGGUGCAGAUCUGGCACUGAGGGCGCUGACGACGGCGACCAUUGCCAUUGCGCCCAUUGCCGGUGCCGUUGUUGUUGAAGUUGGGACGCCCCUGAUCGCCCCCAUUGCCGCCGUAGUUCUGGCGGCCACCGCCACCACCGCCGCCGUUGGGACCAGACUGGUGCGAAGGCUGCCCAGCCGGGCGACCACCACCUUGGGCCGGCGGGGAAAAGGCGGACUGGUACCCCGAGCCCUGCUGAUGGCUAGGGCGGGACACGACAUUGGCCGAGGAUGGCCAUUCCUCCGUCUCGGCCUGCUGCACCUGCAUGGCCUCGAAGGAGAGAACACUCGAGUAAAACUCAGUGUAAGGUAUGGAGCGAGUGGACAGGUUGAGGGGACCGGCGAGGGAGUUGAACGCAGAGCCAAGGCCGGUGAUGAUGUAGUCCACAAGCUCGUCGUCGCUGACGGGGAAGCCAGCGGUCACCAUGAUGUCGGCGAGGUUCUUCAUCUUCUGCAUGUACACCUCCGCCGUCAUGUCGCCCUUGCGGAGGGACUGCAGCUGGCGCCGAAUAUGGCGGAUGUUGGCACGAGUCUGGGCGCCAAACAUGGUGUGGACGGACGCCCAGACCGCGGCAGCCGUCUUGCAUCCAAUCAGCUGGGACGCGAUCUCUUCUUCCAUGGAGGAGAGCAGAAGGCCGAGCACCUUCUGAUCUUGCAACCACCACGUAGCGUACGCAGGGUUGGGGACAGCACGGGCGGCAUCACCGGUGCCCUCGGUGAUGGUCUGCGCCGGCGCGGGAAAGAUACUCUCAUCCAGGUAGCCAUGGAGAUUGGCCCCGGAGAGAUUGGGCAACGUCAGCCCGCGCCACAACAUGAAGUUGGAGCGGUUCAGACGAACGGGGCUGGAGGUCGUCAUGGCCGUCGCGGGGACGGAGCUGGAGGGCGGCGCGACGAUGGCGCCGACUGGGUUGGAGAUCUGCAGCGCCAAUGAAGACGACAUGGCGGCGGAGCGCGACGCAGAGGCGGCGUCGGAGCGGAAGAGCGAUCUCGCUCGAGAUCGAGAGGCGGCGGCGGAAAACGCGACCUACGCUCUGAUACCAAGAUAAAAACUGUUUUAGGGUUUCGUGGGGUCUAAGCCUCCACCUCUUCUCUUUAUAUAAACAUGGCAGGUACAAAUACAGUGUACAUACGUACAUAUACAAACCGAUUCUUAACAAUCGCCCCCUGGAAGAGGGCGCCGUAGCAGGAGCUAGAAGAAUACUGGCCAUCCGUCGUCCAACGCCAAACCAGCCUGUCUUGGUCUGGAGAUAACACCACGUCCCUCAGCCUAAUCCAUAGCUGAACAUACUGCAGAGGGCGAGGGAACUCGUCACACCUCCAAUGUUCGAUAUCCAGCUGCGCUCCACCAGCGCCUGUUGUACCGUGCGCCGCUUCCUGCAGCGCUUGGAAAUGAGCGCGUAGACUUCUGGCGCUAUCUCCCUGGAGGACUUUCCAUCCAACCAUCGGUCCUCCCAGAAGAGAGCGGAUUCUCCAUUGCCAACCACAUGAAAGUGGAGGCAGCGAAGGCAUCCAGCUCGAUCUUCGAGAACUGCAUGUCGAGCCCGCGCCAAGGUCAUUGGGGGUCAGUCCGCAUCCUCCAAAGCAAACGAACCCUGAGGCUGAUGGCAGUGCGUGCGAGAUCUGGGAUCCCCAAGCCCCCAAACCGCAGCGGGCGGCACACCCUGGACCAAUUGACAUGGUAGUGGCCGCCAUUGGCCUCCGCCCUACCAGCCCACAGAAAGCUCCGUAGGAUCGUAUUCACCUUCUUCAACGCCUUCUUGUUGAAGGUGAGCACCAUGAUUUGGUGCAGCAGAAUCUCCGCUAGCACCGACUUGACCAGCGCCAAGCGCCCCGCCCGAGGCAUCAUCAAAGCCUUCCAGGUGGGUAGCUUGUCAGCAAAUCAGUCCACCACAGGCUAGAACGCCUCACCCGGCAGCCGACGGACGGAAAGAGGGAUGUCAAGGUAUUUGAUGGGGAAGGGUGCCAGCUGGCACUCCAUCACCACCUCCGCGGCAUUCGCCACCUCCUCCUGCAGGCAAUCGUCUGGAAGGUCAAUGCUUGCAUCCAUGUCUUGAAUAUGAAUAUGGGGAAGACGGCAGUGGCGGCUUCUAGACCGGUGCGCGCUAAGGGUUUACCAGACCGAUUGUGCUCCUGAGGCGUUCGGUUUUAGAUGAUGUGCGUAGGUGUGAGGUCAGGGCACAUGAUCCUGACACCCCCUUCGUCAAUCUUGUAGGUCUAGCAACAACAGUCGCUAGCAUGAUGGCUUGGAUUGAUCGUUGUAUUCACUUUGUCAAGUUUGUAGAAUAAUAUAAUAAUAAAUGGUGUGUGCAUCAUUUUGAUGCAGAGGGCAGGUAUCAACCUCCAUUUCAAAAAUAAAAUAGAGCAUGUGAAUCGACAUGUCAGCCCUCCCAAAACCGUAUAUAAGUUCCACUGUUUGUAGAAAAUGGCCAGUAUUUUUUCCCAUGCCAAGUGAUUCGUUAGAUGUGUCUUGAAAUU